ACAAUGGCCUCGACGGCGAGGAUCCUAAACAACGCCGAAAGAAGCAGCGACGUAACCGGACUACGUUCACGGCUCAACAGUUGAGUGCCUUAGAGAGAGUGUUUGAAAAAACCCAUUACCCGGACGCCUUCGUUAGAGAGGAAUUAGCAAAGAAAGUAAACCUCAGCGAAGCUCGAGUCCAGGUGUGGUUCCAAAAUCGAAGAGCCAAGUUUCGUCGAAAUGAACGCACUAUUUUAGCUCAAAGAAACCAUCUCUACCACAUCGGUCACGACACGACAGCUAUCGAACAGCCCAUCGCUCCAAGACCGACGACAACAGAAUCUGGACAAGGAUCUCCUGCAUGUGUCGGACAGUGGAAGCCGUCGCCACCCGCUGCGUACAAUCACGUGCUGGGUUCGUCACUCGCCGGAAUGCCAGUUUACUCCUCCUGUGCCGUUGUCUCGGGUGCCGCCGCAGUAGGACAAGGACUGAACAUGUCUGUCACGCAGCCGAACCAUAAUCCACCACCAACGCAAUACAACUUUGGAAAUCCUUUGUCAUAUUUCCGAUUUCGCACUCAGGAUUGCAGCCUUCAGACGGCGCUGUCGGGCGCACCUUAGACGAUCCGGCUCUUAGUUUUCACAACAUAACCCGUGCCUUAAAAUUAGUUGUACUUGGCGACCGAUUUUUUUUUUAAAUAUAUAAUUGAAAAGAUGUGAUGGAUAUUUGAUUGCAAGAAAUAUCAGAAAGUAUCGGACGUUCUCUUUUAGCCUACUUGUAGUUGAUCAAUCGUAAAAACCAACACCAGCGUCUGUGACGGAGCUCGUAUACCGGUAAACGUUAAUGUUAACGAAUGUACAUUUCAAGCAAUUAUGUUUUUAUUAUCACAAAUUUGUGGGUGUCACGACAAAAAAGGAAAAGAAAUUAAGAAUAUUCAUUGAAAAUAGCCUUUAUUAACUAGCUGUAGCCACUAGCGUAUUUUACAUGCAGUAACGCGAUGAUUACAUUAUUUGAGAGACGUGGUGGUACUUCCAAACACUGACCAUUUCAAAAUGAUUACCAGUAAUAAUGGAGUGGCCUGAACGACUUCUUGCUCUUCUACUUUAAACUUGUCGGAUUUACUAGUGUAUUUUUUCAGCGACAAACAUUUUUGAAAAACUGUCAUCAAAUUCUGAACAACAUUAAUACUUUUCUUCAAGAUUUUUAAAAGUAUUUGCGGUUUAGAAAAUAAUAUCCAACUGUUAAUCUAAUGGUUCAUGGGAAGGUACUGUAAGUUUGGCUUGUGGCUCCAUCUGGAAAUAUUGGUGUUUAAUAAUAACGAUAUUUAUCACAAUCGCUUUUAUUUGUAUAAAAAAAAAUAGUGAUGUAUCAAAACCUGAUAUCGUUCUAAAAAAAUCAAUAAAAAUAUGUUUAGAACUAUUAAUAUAGAGUGGAAUAUGUGUAAGAUGUAACCAGGUAUGUGUUAUAUGUAACACAUCCAGUUGAUUAGAUUUAUAGGAAAAACAACAAGUCCAUAAACACAUUCACAACAGCUGUAGGUCAAUAACAAAUGUAUAGUUGUAUCUAUAAUAACCUGGUUCAAAAUUAGCAGUUACGUCGCAAUGAGAGAGACCUUAGCAUUUUCGGAAGGUA